UAAAUAAAAAAAGGGGGGAGGAUGAAAACAUUUUUAUUUCCUUUCAAAAACAAAAUGACAAUUACCGAAGCCAAUAAAAGAGUAAUUUUACACGAUAGUCUUGACACUGAAAUGGACAUUUACAUGCAAUAUGAUGAGCACUCUGACCGAGAGACAAACACCUUUUACGACUUGAGAGCAGCUGCUCAUUUAUCACCCUUACCCGACUCCAAUGAGUAUGAAGCCAUGGACAUUGUAUCUGAAGAAGAACCGGCGUUUAUGGACGCGAAAGACGAACCCGUAGAAAUUAAACACGAAAAUUUAAUUGAAGAAUUAGCGCUAGAAAACUCUUUCAACGAGGACAUGACAGGAGUAGAAUCUACCAAUGGAGAACAACCUUCAGACGAAGCAGUGUCUCGUAUAGAGAUUGCACCUGUCAAUAAAGUGAAAAAACCAGUGAAGAAGAUAGUAAAGCCAGCGAAGGAAAGAUCACUGACCUAUGCCGAAAUGAUAAAAAAGGUUCAAAGAGAGACAGACGAAGUUGAAAGCAAGCAAAAAGAGAAUAGGGAAGGAGAGACAAGUAUAUAUUUAAAAUCACUAUACAAUAAUUCCCGAUCACCAGACGUCAACGAUCCCAAUUAUCAUUGCCGUGUAUGUGAAAUAACCUUUUCCGGUCGAUACACAUAUGGAUUUCACUUAAUCCAUAUGCACAAUAUACCCGAUGGAGUAGUCUUUAAGGAGGACAUCAGAACACAGCAUAGUGAGUUAGCUCACUUGAAGGUGAUAUUGUAUUGCCCUAAUUGUAACAAACAUUUCAGCAGUUACAUCACCUACAUGAGCCACAUGAGCUUAGUUCAUACUGGCCGAUGGCCUAUACCGGGAAGAGCAACCUCGAAUCCAUACAUGAUGCCUGAUGUUAACGAUAGAAAGUUUUUCUGUCGCGUCUGUCGAGAUUACUUUAAUACCAAAGUGACAUACCAAUACCAUUUGAUUUGUGUGCAUUCCAUGACCCGUGAAUCUGUCUUUUCAGAGGAGACCGAAGCUACACCUGAAGAACAGCAAACUUGUGACAAUUGUCAAAAAUGCUUUCACACCAAGAAUGAUCACGACCAGCACCGGUUACAAUACCGCACUGACCGCGUUGCUAAACCCACCAGGAAAAGAAGAAUAAACCCACAACCUCAUCUACCACCCGAGCUGGAUGAUCCUAAUUUCUACUGUAGAACGUGUGAUUAUGCCUACAAAAACGUAGCUGGAUUUAAACGUCACUUGAAUGCAAAGCAUAAUAUUACAGCGCGUAAAGUACAAUCACCAACACCGCCAUCACCAGCAACAACUACAACAGAAACAACGAUAGAAACAGCAAGAGAAUUUUCACAAUCACGAUCACGAUCAUCUUCUCCUGUAGUGAUUAUUACAAUAAGAAGACGUCCCCCCAGGGAAAACUAUUGUAAGGAUUGCGACAGGACAUUGUCUUCAAAAUACAGUUAUGUAAGACACUGUAGAAGAUUUCAUGCUUCAGCUUAACCCCCUUUUUUUUAUAUAUUUUUACUCGUUUAAACAAACAAAAAUCUUAAUACAAUUUGACAUUUUUUGUGUGCAAUUACACCCCCUUUUCUUUUAUUCUUUUUCUUGACGAUGCAAAUAUUUGUUUAUAAUGCAUAUUGCAUAAAUUACAGACAGCUACGUCUAAAAUAAUAAGUGAUGCCAUCGAAUUCCUUUUUCACUGUGAGAGGGGGAGAGGGAGGGGCGAAAAAGAAAUUUUUUUGUAUAUACAUAAUAAAAUGGUUGAUUUGUUAAGUUUUUUUUUUUUUUUUUUUUUUUUAUGCUGCGAACUGGAAUUGAUCUUGUUGAAUGAAUUGUUCCUCCUCAUCAGAAGUUUGAUUCUUUUUAACACGAGGUGGUUCUACAUAAUCUGAGGGAUGAAUAAACAUACACUUGUUACCAAAGGGACAAGUCUCUCCCUCACUUUUUUUUUUUUUUUUUUUUAGUUGAUAAAAUAAGUAUUAGAUAA